UUCCUCACUUGCAAAUCUUCAAUUCAAAAACUGCCCGGCUGCUUUUGCUUUUUCACGAGUCCUCUGAGUCACCGUCUCCAAGUAAGUUUCUUUCCUUCCUUUUCUGAGUCAUGUCAGACCGUGAGGAUAGCCAGAACCUUUCCGUUCACUCUUAUGGUUCUGGCGGCCGGUCUCCGACCUUUGGUUCCUCUUCUUCUUCUUCAUCCUCUGACUCCGAGCACCCGGCUACUUCUCCACAGAAGAAGCCGGUUGAUGCUUCCACUUGCGCUCCUUCUUUUCCCGUGGCCUCGGUUGCCCAGCCCGAGGACGAGGGCUUCAUUCUCCUUGACGACCGGUUGGUUCAAACGCAAUCGUCGAUCAUGCAGAAGGCCCAAGUCCACGAGGUGCGCAACCUGAUGCCGGAUGGGUACCAAUUGACUUACCGGGCAACAUGGAAGAGCAUUAUCCCUCUCCAUGUCGGCAGCUUCAUCAAUGUCUGCUGGUCUCUUCGUAUUCCCCUCUCCCUUCGUCUCUUCGACCAUAUGUUCGAUGUCCGGCCCGGGUCCAAGGAAACCCUUGGAUUCGUGGUGGUGUCUUCUCACCAAGGCCGGGCAUUCCUCUGCAGCCUUCCACCUUCUAACAAGAAGUGGAAGGACAAAUAUGUUUGUAUCAAAUUCCCCCCGGUUGCUUUCCCCUUUGCCCAAAAUGUCUGGGGGAAGAGAAUGAAGCGCCAGGUCAAACCUGCAGAAGCCGACGACCUGGUUGCCUGGGAAGCCACCCUCCAGGCCGGGACGCCUCCACCCGCGGUCUUUAUCACGUCGGGAAGUGGAGUGUCUACCUCGGCCGGGAGACUGAUCCUGAGCCGGAGAUUAUCCUGCCCGGGGCCAUCCCCGAAGCUAUCCCCAUCAGCCGGGCGAGGGGAUCCAAAGCCCUGGGCACAGCCACCGCCGGUCCUUCACGCCCGGCGAAGAAGAAGAAGGAGAAAGAUAGUGGUUGAGGAGCCUUCCACUGCUCAGCCACUCAAUGCCUCCUCCAGCCAGCCGUUCUUGCUGGACGAACAACCGGCCCAGUCCCAUCAGGGGACUAACCAGCCCAUUCACUCGGGGGAACUCUACAUUAAUGUAGAUACCUUCGAGUUCGACACCCUGAUGGGGGAGACCGGGCAUACCUCCCAGGCCGGCCAGGCGGGUCAACCCAACGUGGAUGGCGAAGGCGAGGAAGAGGCUGGUGGAGAGUCCCUUCAGCGGAAGAGGCGGAAGACCGAGGAGGUCGGUCGGAUUGGUGAGGAGUACUUCGCCCGGCUGGUGAAGUCCAAAGAAGAGGAGAAGGCACGGCUGGAGGCCAUGAUGGAGGUCCAGAAGCUGGGGGCCGAGAAUGCCCGAUCUGCAGAGGAGAUUGCUCGGCUUGGAGACGAGCUGGCAAAGGAGCGGGCAGAGCGUGCUGCCCUUGCCGCUGCCUGGGCUGUUCAAGAGCCUGAGGAGUUUGCCGCUCAGGCGCUACCUGACCGGGAGACAGCCAUCCGCUUCUUCCAAGGGCUAUACAAGCACAAAGUGUCGGUCAGGAUCGUGGAUGAGAUCGGCACCUUUGGCUUCGAAAGCGGUCAGUACACAGAGCGGCGGGCCCUCUAUGGCAUCCUUGAGCAGAGGAUCCAAAGUUUCCGACCAAAGGCCCUUUCUCUGCCCGAGCUACAUGAUGAGGAGCCGGUCCCCCCAUUCCCGGGCAUUUGAUCCAUCCGGCCUUCUCUUUUUUUUAUUUUCUGAUGUAAGGAUUUGCCUCCGGGCACUCUUUUGUAAGACGCUUAAAUAUUAAUGUUAAUGGAAGAUUUUUCAACAUCGUGUGCUGUGUGCUUCAUUCCCUGUAUUCUUCAACUUAAUAUUUCUAACCGCUCAGAUUAGUAAAUAAUAGCACGGCUGUAUU